AUGACGAUGAUGUCGACACAGCAGGAGGAUCAAAAACAACACGCCCAGCGGGCGCCGAUGACCUGGAAAAAUGCGGCGAAGCCGGGAGCGAGUACCGCACUGGGACUGGCAACCACAUGGGGAAUGGUGAGUUAUUCUUUGUAGAUGCAUUGACUCAGCUCAGACUUUGCUCACACCAGCCGCACUGCAAAGGCAUCAUUUGCUGACUAUCCUGUUUACAGCAUUGCAAAUUGAUUCCAAAACACGACUGGAAUUAUUGCCUAUCAUGGGGACGAUCACGCGCCGCGUGGUCACAAAUGUUCCUGUCAUUGUUAUUGCAAAUCCGCAUCACAAGAACUCGGGGGCGGCGGUGGGAGCCUUUUUGGUUAACAGGGUGAAAUCUGAACUACUCAAAAAAAGCUCAACGUCUAGAAAUAAAAUAAGAAUCAACUAUUGAAAAUUUUAAACUCUCUCCCACUGCUCUCUACUACUUUCAAUUUUUUUAAAACAGCGGCCACAACUCGUCGCGAGGAACGCGAAGACGAGAGCGGGUGCUACCGCGCUGGCAACAUGGCUGACGUUGUUGAAAAGUGGGCCUUUUACAACAACGGUCGAGGGAUACAAUCCGCGACCGGGAGGUGGCACAACCACAUCUACUGUCGCAAAAAUGGGACCGGAACUACAAGAUGACGAAAAUAACAACCGAGGAGACGACGAACUGCCAACAAUAACACACGUCGAACACCUAUCCAAGGAAAAAAAAUGUGUAAGUGUAACUUUCUUUAGGUGCUGACAGCAUCACAAAUUUGCUCUGCAUGACAGAGAAAGCCUGUCACGCGUGGUUUGUAAGGGAAAACACACAUGAAAAGAGGACUUGAUGGUUGUCUGGCAUGACAGGCGUGCCUCUGUUGCAUGUUUUGCAUUACAGAGUUUGUUACACUUACGCAGUUUUUUUCUUGCGAUAACACCGGCAGAGCAUUCCGGUGUCUUCGCUCGGAGGCAGGAUCAACAUCCCCGCCAGCACCUCGAGUGCUGCAGCCGCGCCACGACCUCCUACUUCUCAAAAAGAAGCUGCAGCAGCAGGAGCUCCACGCAGGGCCUCUUCAUCUGGUCGUGAAAGUACUUGGAGAGCAGCACGAUCUAGUACUUCUUCUUCUUCCUCUUCGUUCGUCGAAACCACAAGACGGGAGAGUACGGAAAAAAACCACCAGGAGCACCAGACAACCUCAACCGCGCACGACACGAACGACGAUUUCGGCUGUGAGCACGGUGCCUGCGGUGAUGAGGACUCUAGAUACGCCAAGAGAAAACUGUUUGUUCACUGUAAAGUUUACAGUGAAAGAACCUGUAGUAAUGCAGAAAAUGCAUCGCUGAAGUGUUUGUCUUGCUGUGGACCCCCAGGAUCAGGUAGACGAGGUCCCAGACCGAAGUGGUAGGCGCUUAGGGUGAACUAUGUAUGUAGGGCCCUUCCGUGCGGCCAAUUUGUAUGUCCCGCAACGGGGUUCGCCUAUGUCGGUCAUUUGUAUGUGAGGCGAUGGGUUACCCGGUCGGCAGAGCCGAUCCACAACGAACGAACGAUACACAUGCAAGACGAGUGAUUUUUCGCGGCGUUUCCCCUUAAGAUCCUCGCAUGGCGAGUUUUCUUUGUAAAAAUGUGUAGCGAGCUUGUAAUGCAAAACUUGCAAUAAAAUUCUAUACAGUGAAACAGUUUUUUCUUACGAUACUAGAGGCCCAGAGGCCACAGUCGACCUGCACUCCGCCACGAAGCCCAGGAUGCAGCCUGGAGGUCGGAAGAAAACUGCGGGGGGUCCUCCUAUGGGAGUGUCAGGAUCGAAAUCGACAAAAUCGAAAAACUUGUAAUGCAUAAAAUGCAGGGCACGCAAGGCCUGUGUUGGGGAGAAGGCAAAUGAGACCGAUAAUUGCAAGCCUGUUUAGGGGAAGAAGACGCGUUGCCAGAGAAGCAUGACAGGAGCAGUGUUCUUUGCCCAAACAGCAUGACAGACUGGAUUUUGCAGCUCCCGAAAUUUGUCAUGCGCCACUUGGAAACUGAGGGCCCAACUGGUAUCGAUUUUAUGCAUCACAAAUUUUUCGAUGUUGUUGAUUUCGAUCCUGACACAUCCAUACCUCCCCGUGCAGAUGAGGAGAAUGGCGAUGGAUGGUCGUGUACCAUUUGUAAAAACGUCUCCACCUCUUCCCCAGAGUCAAGUAGACGGGAAAUCUGCUAGACAAAUCAGCAUGCUUUGGCUGUUGCGCAUGACAAGUUCUUUGGGCGCGUAGUCGUGUGCUAGACGUCGCUUACGUUAUUUCGCGCUAGUGCAGAAGCAUCGCACAUGCAGCAUCUUACGCUGAUUUGAGCAUCACAAAUUCAGAUUCCAAAAGAACGCGUACGAGUAGAAUACUAAAACACUUCUACCACUACUCAUGGGGCUUCGCAUACGAAACAUUUUGAGCAUGCAGCUUUGCAUGACAAGAACUCUGGGCACGACCACCUGGGGACAUUUUUACACAGGAUAUCGUGUGACGACGACGACGACGACGAUGGUGGAGAAUCCGGACUGUGUAUCCUGAGUAAAAGUGUCCCCAUACCAGAGUCAAGAUGGGAAAUCUGCUAGACAAUUCUCCAAGCUUUGGGAGUUUUGCAUGACAAGUUUCCAUCUGUAGUGUACUGCUGUUUAACAAGAGAAGCAGCAUGAGAAAGCGAGCUUCUCAUCCUGUUUACAGCAUUACAAAGUCCAAAAAACGAUUGGAAAGGCCUCUCAUGGAGAUGCGCAUCACAAAUCUUCCUCUCAUUGCACAUUUGCAUGACAACUAUGGGGUGGGGACGCUUUUACAUACGAUACUGUGCCCAGGCGGGUCCUCGUCCUCAACUCGCCCCGUCGAAGCGAUGAUGGCUCCGCCCGGUGGUCGUGA